CACGUGUUAAUACACUGUACGGUAUAUAAAGAGCGUUCGCUGCAUCAACGAAGAGAGAAGUUUAUGUUAGCAAGACUUACUUACUACUAUUAUGGCGGCCUGCAGAUCGACUUUGAUGGGUAUUCUGCUUUUAUCAGCAAUUCUCCACAUUUCCCUUCUGUGUGGUGUUAUUUCAAUGGGAACUGAUUCAACUGCUGUAACUCUUCAUGAGACCGAAGCUAUUGUUGAAGAUUGUGAUGGAGCUGUUGAAUUGGAGGAGAAUGAAGAAAUAUUGGAAGUGUUCCAACCAACUGAUGAAUGGCAGACUAUCAAAGAAGGCCAAGCCAUCCCUGCUGGACUUCAUGUGAGGAUCAAUCUAGCUGAAGGAACAAAAGAGGCUAAAUAUCUGGAUGAUCCUAAGGAAUCCUUGACGGCUGAGUCUCAGGAGAAGGUGAAGAACGAUGAUGAGGAAUCAGACACAUACAAGAAAGAAGAACUGAAGGAAAGGCUUGCUAAGAUAAAAGGAGAAAAGGACUGUGAUGAUUGCAAUGAUAAUGAAGCACUAAUUGAGGAAGUGAAACAACGCUACCGCUCUAUUGAGGAGCUGAAGAAGGAGCUUGCUGAGCUCGAGGUCGAUAUCAAAACAGAUUAUGAGAUCAUGACAAAGCUCUUUGAAGAAUACAGAGCAGAUCAAACCCCCGAGACAAGGAAACUCAUCCUGCAAGAUCUAGAAUUCUAUGUUCAUAAGGUUGAUAAUGGAGUUGACCUUGCACGUUUAGGAGGAUGGGAUAUUAUCAUUAGUGCACUGAACAGCACAGAGGAAGAUAUCAGCAGCGAAGCUGCACAUGUACUAGGGUCAGCAGUUCAAAGUAAUCCCAAGGCUCAAGUCAGUGCCUAUGACGGAGGAGCACUGCAAGCUCUUCUUCGGCUUCUCACCCGCUCUUCUUCUAUCAACGUCAAAAGGAGGGCGCUUUAUGGACUGUCGUCUCUUAUCCGCUUCUUCCCACAUGCACAGAGGAAGUUCCUUGAGCUUGGAGGGCUGAGCGUGCUCUCUGGUUUGAUGAGAGAGACAAAAAGCGAUUAUCUUCCGAUCCAGAUCAAAAGUGUGACGCUUGUGCAUGAUCUCCUAGUUGAACAGAGAAAUGCUCUAGAAUUGGAUAUGACUGAUACGGAUGAAGUCGCUAAGGAAAGGAAACUGCAGUAUGAAAAAAUCCAUCUUGUUCCUAUGGUGAUAGAAGGAGGUUGGUGCGAUGCAGUCCCUAUCCUGUUGAGUGUACCUGAUCAUGAUACAAGGGAGAAAAUUCUUUUCUCGUUGAACACCCUUCGGUUAUUCUGUGAUUAUUCAUCCAACGUUGAUUUACAAAGCAGACUGGAGACCUUGAGGAAGGAGUAUGGUAAGCUAGCUGAAGAAGAAUCUCUGAAUGGUGAUGGCGAUGACUUCUUUCACUCCUUACAUUCAACGGUUGAUGGAAUUAUAAAAGCUAUAUGAAAAUAUUUGAGUGGAUACUUUAUAUAUAUAAUUCUAUGAUCAAAUCAAAUGUCCAUUACUAGAACGCAAGUUAAUUUAUAGUAUUUAUGUUUAACAGUAGGAGGCAUUGUACUUAAGGCUGAAGAUGGUUGAAUUGGAGCAUCUUUUUCUUGAAUUUUUACUAUAAUAAAUGGCUUUACAAAUUAACUACUUUGAGAUUAAAAUGACCUACAUUUCAAACAUAGCAUGCAUUAAUAUUGUUUUCUUUGAUUAACAUUUCCUUGGUUGUCCAAGGAAUCAUUAAAUGCUGUUGCCAAUUUGUUGUUAUAAAUGAUUAUAUGUCUGCACCUUUAAGAAAACUGAAAUUUGAUUAAAGUAUAUUCCUACCGUCAAUAGGUUGUUGCCCUUUUUAUAUUAUUUUCUGGGGGAUAUAAUGAUUGUUAAAUCCACAUCAGACUGAACACAAGAAGAAACAAGUUUUAUAAUGUUUAUGUCGUGAAAGAUUUUCAAAUGAAAGAUGAAAGAUAUGCGUGUAAAUUCUGAUCGAAUGCACUUUGCUUCAUAAGUACACAUCUAUCAAACCUGUACAUCAACAUCAUCUAUUGAAAGCAAGAAGGGCAUUCACUCUGUAGUUAAGUAUACAACUUACUUAAUGCCCUUUGGCUCUCAUAAGAAAUACACCAUGUGCUUGUAUUGACAGAAACAUCUUGGCACAAUUAGAUAAUUUAUUUUCAAUUUUACCACACUUGUUUAUAUUCUUCCCUCCCCUUGUUUUUGUUCUCUUUCCUAUUUGCACUCUACCUCACAUUAGGAUAUAUCUAUGUCAUUUAUCUUCAGCUUGAUAGAUUUCUUCUGAUCCUAACAGAUGCCAUUUCUCUUUUUUAUGUGAAAGUGCAGUGAUUUCCACUGUAGUUGAAAUAUUUACAUCUCUUCUAGUAGGAUAAAUCGAGAACAUUUUGUUUUAAUGAAAUGUGUCAAUUCGUUUCCUUUUAAAGCUAGGGUCAGUCUUUUGAAGAAAGGUAGCUUGAAAAAAAAAAUCUCCUCCGUGAUACACUUUAUCUCCAAUUCCGAUAACUCUGAAAAUGUGGAAAGAAAAAGAGAGAGUUUUGAAAAUGUCGUUUUAAACUUCUUGUUUACUUCACCCUUGCGUAUUAACCACCAAGUGCCUUUUUUAAUUUUGUAUGCUUCAUAUACAUUUUAAUUAAUUAUUUGUUAUACUUUAAUAUGGAUAGGUGAUAAUGAAAAGGUUUAUUGUUUCUAUAUUAUUAGAAGUUUAUAUUAAGUGCAAAUCAUUAAAAUCUAUAUUAGACAUGACAUCUCCUA